AAGGGAGCCCAUCAAAGUCAAUAAUGAUUUUCCCUCCUCUUUUGCUUUUUACUGUUACCAAUCUAUCGAAAUCCAAUACCAAUAAAUUCUCACUCCUUCCUCAAUUUAUCUCCUCAAUCCUCAUCCCCAAAACUGAAGUUGAAACCAAAUGACACUCCACAAAAGAAGACCAUUAUUUAUAAAGACUAUAAUAUCAUGUUUAUCCUUCAACCCUUUUUCUCUCCAACUCCAGGUAUUGGCCACACUACUGGUGUUUCUCCACCUCUCACAUGCUUACGCCACCCAUAAAACCAUCAAUCAUGUGACCACCUACCCAAAUUUCCAACAUUUGAAUGUUCCUAAAGAACUUAAAUCCAUUAAACUCCACAGUAAACAUUAUUCUCAUCUUACCAGCAACUUAGAUUCUGAUGAUCAUCAUCCUCCAAAAUUCAAUGAACAAAAAACCAUCACAUUAUCUAACAAUAACAGCAAUAAUAGUAAUAAUAAUACUAAUAAGUCCUUAAGCUUUAACCUUAAGUUCAACCUCAUACACAGGGAUAAACUAUCACUAUCAUCAGCUAGAUCUCACAAGUACAACCAUGACCAUAGCCACCGAUUCUCGCAGCGGAUACAACGUGAUAUCAAGCGUGUUGGCGGCAUCAUUCACCGUGUAUCGAACACUAGUAGUAGUACUAGUGUGGAUGAUUAUAAGGUUGUGGAGUCAUUCGGGUCAGAUGUGGUGUCAGGUAUGGAUCAAGGGAGUGGAGAGUAUUUUAUUAGAAUAGGUGUAGGGAGCCCUCAAAGGAAACAAUACAUGGUGAUUGACUCAGGAAGUGACAUAGUAUGGGUCCAAUGUCAGCCUUGUAAACAGUGCUACAAACAAACAGACCCUGUUUUCAAUCCUGCUGAAUCAGGCAGUUACUCUGCUGUUUCAUGCUCAUCGUCGGUGUGUAAUCGUGUGGAGAAUUCCGGGUGCAGCCACUCAGAGAGAUGUAAAUACGAGGUACUUUACAGUGAUGGAUCCUACACGAAGGGGAACCUUGCCUUUGAGACAAUUACAGUUGGUGGGACAGUUAUAAGGAACGUUGCAAUGGGUUGUGGACAUAGCAACCAAGGGAUGUUUGUUGGUGCAGCAGGUUUGUUGGGGUUAGGUGGUGGAUCAAUGUCAUUUGUUGGACAAUUGGGUGGUCAGACAGGAGGUGCUUUUAGUUACUGUCUAGUGAGCCGCGGAUCAGGGUCCAGCGGCUCACUAGUAUUUGGACGGGAAGCAAUGCCUGUAGGGGCUGCUUGGAUCAAUUUAGUCCACAGUCCCCGAGCCCCAAGUUUCUAUUACAUAGGACUAAUGGGGCUCGGGGUAGGCGGAGUUCGGGUACCAAUCCCUGCUGGUGUAUUUAGUUUCACUGAAUCAGGGGAUGGUGGAGUAGUCAUGGACACAGGUACAGCUGUGACAAGACUACCCAACUCCGCCUACCAGCCAUUUAGGGACUCUUUUAUCACCCAAACUGCCAACCUCCCACGAGCCUCAGGUGUUUCGAUAUUCGAUACGUGUUAUAAUCUAGCUGGGUUUGGGUCGGUUCGAGUCCCUACUGUUUCUUUUUACUUUACUGAUGGGCCAAUACUGACCCUGCCAGCUCGGAACUUCUUGAUUCCGGUUGAUCAGUCAGGUACAUUCUGCUUCGCCUUUGCACCUUCACCAUCAGGAUUGUCCAUCAUAGGAAAUAUACAACAAGAAGGUAUUCAAAUAUCUGUUGAUGGUGCAAAUGGAUUUGUUGGAUUUGGCCCAAAUAUCUGCUGAUUGAUUCUUUAUCAAAUCAUCAACCAACAAACACCACUCUUUUUAAAUUACCAUUUUUUUAGUUUAAUUGUAUACUACUACUAGCUAGUAAUAAAUAGUACAAAUAGUAGUAAUCUGUAAAAAAAAGCGGCUUUCUUUCACCUUGUCUUUUUGAAUUUUGGCUUAUAUUUUCUACCCUUUUUAGUCACUUUUAGUAACUGCUAUGAUUGUAUUGAUAAAUGUAAAAUGUGAUUGAUAAAUAAAAUGUUAUGUAAUAUAGUAGCAUGAUUUGAUA